CUUCUUCUCUCCUCGCACUCAAAUUCGCCUUCUCUCUCUCUCUCUUCGCACCAACCAAAAAAACAUCUAAUCUUCACAAUCAUCCCUUCAAUAUUUACUUGAAUUGGUUAACUGGUUAAUAGUGACUGAGGAUUUGUGCGUAGCCUGCUCGGAAUCGUUUGGUUUUGUUAGGUUUUUGGGAAUUUUGUUGAAGUUUUGAGAGGUGGGAAAGGGGUGAAUCCCCGGGUAGACACGUUGUAGACAUCACGGCUAUACACGGAGUAAACCGGCGACCCCUUUAUGGCCUGCGGGCACUACGUCGCAAGGGUUGUAUAAGCGAAUCCAACAUCCCUUCGCCUCACGGUGGCCGUGGUGCUCUCCCCUCCGAAGGCGGCAGCCCUUCCGACCUCCUCUUCCUCGCCGGCGGCGGUUCUUCCCUCUUCCUCAUCCAUUAGUGUAGCGUCUUGUAGUUAGUUUUCCCCCCUUUUUUCUUCUUUUUCUCGUUCCAAUUCUUGCUUUCCUUGUAAUCUUCUAUUCUACUACAAGUAUUUGCUAAGAUUCAACCAAACCGAUCUCGAUUUCAAUCUCCCGUUCGAAGAUGUCGUCUUCGAUGAUGCUGAGGAUUAAGAGGGUCCCCACGCUGGUUUCCAAUUUCCAAAAGGAAGAGGGGGAGGAAGGAUCUGUUCGCGGCGCCGGAUGCGGUCGGAACUGCCUCCGUAGCUGCUGCCUUCCAGGGUCGAAGCUGCCAUUGUACGCUUUCAAGAAGCUCAACAACUGCAAGGAUGGCGCAGGUGGAGCCGAGGAUGUCAAAGAGCCGCCGGUGGCUUUCUUGGACUCCCUCCUUCUUGGGGAGUGGGAGGAACGUAUGCAGAGAGGGCUCUUUCGUUAUGAUGUCACUGCUUGCGAAACUAAGGUGAUUCCUGGGGAAUAUGGCUUCAUAGCCCAGCUGAAUGAGGGGAGGCACCUCAAGAAAAGGCCGACUGAGUUUCGAGUUGAUAAGGUGCUGCAGCCCUUUGAUGGCAACAAGUUCAACUUCACUAAGGUUGGGCAGGAAGAGUUGCUCUUCCAGUUUGAAGCGAGUGACGAUGGUGAGAUCCAGUUCUUCCCUGAUGCGCCCAUCGACCCCGAGAGCUCUCCAAGUGUUGUUGCUAUUAAUGUUAGCCCUAUUGAAUACGGCCAUGUCCUGCUGAUUCCUAAGGUUCUCGAAUGCCUGCCCCAGCGUAUCGACAGAGACAGCUUCCUGCUCGCACUUCACAUGGCUGAAGAAGCCGCAAAUCCCUACUUCAGGUUGGGCUAUAACAGCUUAGGUGCAUUUGCCACCAUCAAUCACCUUCACUUCCAGGCUUACUACUUGGCUGUACCCUUCCCGAUUGAGAAGGCCCCUACUAGGAAGAUAACCACUGCUGAUAGUGGCGUGAAGAUUUCUGAGAUUCUGAAUUAUCCCGUCAGGGGUCUCCUCUUCGAAGGCGGGAGUACUCUGGAGGAUUUGGCCAAUGUUGUCUCGAACUCCUGUAUUUGCCUCCAAGAAAACAACAUUCCUUAUAAUGUCCUCAUCUCCGAUCUGGGAAAGAGAGUUUUCCUCCUUCCUCAGUGCUAUGCGGAGAAGCAAGCUCUUGGAGAGGUGAGUAGCGAGCUCCUCGACACCCAAGUCAACCCGGCUGUUUGGGAAAUCAGUGGCCACAUGGUGCUGAAGAGGAAGGAGGAUUACGAGGGGGCAUCAGAGGCAAACGCUUGGAGACUCCUGGCCGAGGUCUCCCUCUCGGAGGAGAGGUUCCAAGAAGUGACUGCCCUCAUCUUUGAAGCCAUCGGGUGCAACACCGAGGCAACAGCAAUGGCAACCCACGACCUGCGUGGCGAAAAGCCAGACAUUGAACCUCCUCAGCCAAUGGACGAAGAGAUUGACUCGCUCAAAGGCUCCCACCCUGCCAUGGUUCCCGUGUAGUAGCCUAUCUCGGCAAACGGAUAUCUAUCUCUCUGUUAUGUUAUGGUGAUGGGUAUCUUUCUAUUAUUAUUAUGUGUUAAUGGCUUCCCCAGCAUGUGGAAUAUUUGUGAAUAAGGCGGCAAGCCAUCCCCCAUGAAUAUUAUUAUUCUUAUGUUGUAAGAUAUCAUAUGUUGUGUGGUUUCUGAAUCUUGUAAAACGCUUGUAGUAUCUUAAAAUGUAAUGGAUUGCAAUGUUUCAAGUAUGUUAAACAUUGAAUUGUUUUUAUGUU